CCUCUCUCGUGAAUUGCUUUCUUCUUUUCACUCAUACUAAAACAUCUCUCAUGGAAGCCAAAGUAGAUUAUACCCAGGACGGUAGUGUCGACUUUCGUGGCAGGCCUGCGAUUCCAUCUAAAACUGGAAAAUGGAAGGCUUGCGCUUUCCUUGUUGGCUACGAAGCAUUUGAAAGGAUGGCCUUCUAUGGUGUUGCUUCUAACCUGGUGAACUUCCUUACUACCCAACUUCGUGAAGACACUGUUUCAUCUGUUAGAAACGUGAAUAACUGGUCAGGAUCCGUGUGGAUAACACCAAUUCUCGGUGCUUACAUUGCUGAUUCUUACUUGGGUCGCUUUUGGACUUUCACCGUGUCGUCUCUCAUCUAUGUAUUGGGUAUGGUUCUGCUUACGAUAGCUGUAUCACUCAAGAGCUUGAGGCCAACAUGCAGCAAUGGCAUCUGCAACAAGGCUUCUGCCUCACAAAUUGCAUUCUUUUACACGGCUCUGUACACUAUAGCAAUUGGAGCAGGUGGAACAAAGCCUAACAUUUCAACCUUUGGCGCAGACCAGUUUGAUGAUUUCAAUCCCAAUGAGAAAGAGAUUAAAGCAUCCUUCUUCAACUGGUGGAUGUUUACCUCAUUCUUGGGCGCUUUAAUAGCCACUUUAGGCCUGGUCUACGUUCAGGAGAACUUGGGAUGGGGAUUAGGCUAUGCUAUUCCUACAGUUGGUCUCAUCCUGUCCCUUGUUAUUUUCUACAUAGGAACUCCAAUAUAUCGCCACAAAGUCAGGACCACCAAAAGUCCUGCCAAGGACUUCUUCCGUGUCCCUGUUGCUGCCUUCAGGAACAGAAAACUUCGGCUUCCUAGUGAUCCCUCCGAGCUUCAUGAGCAGGAGCUCCAACACUACAUUACCAGUGGAAAACGGCAAAUCUUACACACCCCAGUUUUUAGGUUCUUGGACAAGGCUGCAAUAAAGGAAAGCAACACAGGUUCCUCUGCAACUCCAAUGACGGUAACCCAAGUGGAGGGAGCCAAGCUCGUAUUAGGCAUGCUGCUGAUAUGGCUAGUAACACUUGUUCCUAGUACUAUUUGGGCACAGAUCAACACUCUGUUUGUAAAACAAGGCACAACCUUGGACAGAAACCUUGGCCGUCACUUUCGGAUCCCAGCGGCCUCUCUCGGUAGUUUCGUGACCCUCUCCAUGCUCCUCUCUGUGCCAAUGUAUGACCGUUUUUUCGUACCAUUCAUGCGCCAGAAAACUGGCAACCCCAGAGGAAUCACCCUACUCCAGAGGCUUGGAAUUGGAUUCUCAAUCCAAAUCGUGGCCAUUGCAAUUGCUUAUGCAGUUGAAGUUAAAAGAAUGCGUGUGAUAAGAGCAAAUCACGGAGUAGGUGCAAACGAAAUAGUCCCCAUGAGCAUAUUUUGGCUAUUGCCUCAGUAUGUUCUGAUUGGGAUAGCAGAUGUGUUCAACGCCAUUGGAUUGCUUGAGUUCUUCUAUGACCAAUCCCCAGACGACAUGCAGAGUCUGGGGACGACGUUCUUCACAAGUGGGAUUGGUGUGGGGAACUUCUUGAACAGCUUCCUGGUAACAAUGGUUGACAAGAUCACGGGAAUGGGCGAGAGAAGGAGCUGGAUCGGGGAUAAUUUAAAUGAUAGUCACUUGGAUUACUAUUAUGGGUUCUUGUUGGUGACCUCGAGUGUGAACUUAGGGGCAUUUCUCUGGGCAUCAAAUAGAUUCAUUUACAAGAGAGAGACUGCAAGCGCGAAAGACGGUCUUUGUCUUGAAAUGGAGGGUAACCAAACACUGGACGCAUCUCUAGGAUUACAAGUAUAAAAACUCAUGACAUGAAUGCAGGCCAAGUUAAUGCGCCAUCUAUAGUAUCAUUGAGAACUAUAUAUGUGUACAACUUUUUUCCCAAUUAUUGUUCUCCUUGUCUUGCUAAUUAAAUUUCAAGUGCCAACGUGUUACUAUGAUAUAUAAUCACUUGUUAGUUAAGUAGGAUAUCCAUCUAAAAAUGUUAGCUUUGUGUUUCCUAAGAAAGAAGGCCUAAGAGAACACUCUUGGAAGUUGUUGAACGUGAUCUCUUAAUUAAUAAUAUUUCUAAAAGCUUAAUAAAUGAUAGAGCACAAUGGCGUCUUGCA